GACUGCAUCGACUUGCCUGUCGUGUGUAUCGGCUGAUGACCUAUCGCGUUGAGCGAGCUGCACUCUGAUCGGGCACGCGCCUCGGCGCCAGACACGCACGCCGCCGCCCCUUAUUGGGGGCAGCCGGUAGCAAUACCGAUGAAGGGUCAAGGGUGUGCAUUCUGUACCGUUCUCACGAGCCCGCCUCUGCUCGCCCCCUGCCGCUGCGCCACCGCCGCCAUGGCUCCCUGCACCUCCUACAAGCUCCACUACUUCCACCUGGCGGGGCUGGGCGAGCCCAUCCGCUACAUGCUGCACUACGGCGGCCUACCCUUCGAGGACAUCCGCAUCGGCGCCAAGGACUGGCCGGAGCACAAAAAGAAGAUGCCGUUCGGCACCAUGCCCGUCCUGGAGGUGGACGGCGUCAUGUUCACCCAGUCGAGGGCCAUCUGUCGCUUCCUGGCCGGGCGCGUCGGGCUGGCGGGCGGCGGCCCGGAGGAGUGCCUCCGCAUCGACGAGGUCGUAGACGCCUUCAACGACCUGCGAGCCGCCGUGGCGGACUGGUUCUACGACGGCAACGCGCAGACCAAGACGCCCAAACUCGGACCCCUGCUAGAUAAGACGAUCCCCUUCUACCUCGUCAAGUUUGAGGCGAUGACAAAAGCAAACGGUGGCUACCUGGCCAACAGCAAGCUCAGCUGGGCAGACCUGUACUUUUGCGCGCCCAUGACGUGGUUCGACGCGAUGCUCGGGAGGAGUGUCCUCGACGGCUACCCGGGUCUGCAGGAGCUGCGGCGUCGCGUCGACGCGCUGCCCGGCGUCGCAGCCUACGUGGCCUCCAGGACGAACGCCGAGAAGUUGUGUCCACGCUUCGCGGGGCAGUGAGCGGCAACCUCCCUCCGGGGUCCAUGAUUCUACAUGGCCCGGUGGUCUUCGGUGAAGCCCACUGGGACCAGCGCCCGCGUCGAGCCGGCCUGCGAGCGGCACUGAGCCAGGAAGACGGUGUACGAGACGAUGGCCAUGAGGAUCUGCAUGACAAGAGGACGUUACUCUACACCCUUGCAAGACGGGAGCUGGUUGCGGUAUACGAUCGACCUUCAGUUUCUACUGGAUCAAAACUAAUAACUUAUAUAAAUUUGUAA